UCAAAAAACAUCUUCAAAUCUCUGUUUGACCGUCGUACUCUCUCUCUCUCUUCAUCUUUCUCACUGCUUCAUCAUCAUCAUCACCAAAAUCCCAUCGCCUUUUCGCCGCUGUUGCAGAGUGUGUCUCUGCGAGACUGAGAGUUUACUUUUUCUCUCCCCAGCCUCUCUCUCUCUCUCUCUCUCCCUCUGUCUCUCUCUGCCAAAAAGAGAUUAAUAUUUCAUCGUCAUCUUCACCGCCACCGAGUCUUAUCUUUGAGUCCCUUUUCUCCCUGAUUUCGAUAACUCCCUCAUUAUCUAUCACUAAACUCUCCCUCCCCUCUCUCUGAUCCGACGGCCACCAUCGCCUUCUUCUCCAAUCCUACGGUCACGCCUUUCCCUUCAGCUUCUCUACUAAGAACUGGCAAGUUGGGAAUUUAUUUCUGGCCUCAAAUUCCCACCUUUGAUUUGUAGGCAGUAAUCAAGUUGCAUCUCUUGAAUAAGGACUGGCAAGUUGCUAAUGGAGCCUAAUGAGCAUAGGAGGGUGAGGAGAAAGGAUCAUCAUGCCCAAGAAAAUGGUGAUGUCAGUCUAACAAGUGUUGGUGAAGAAUUUGAUCCAUGGACUGCCUGGGCUUACAAGCCUCGUACUGUUUCCUUGCUACUUGUUGGUGCCUGUUUUCUUAUUUGGGUAAGUGGAGUCCUUGAUCCUGAAAGUGGUGCAUCUGGUGAUCUUGUUACAUCUGUGAAAAGGGGUGUAUGGGCUAUGGUUGCAGUUUUUCUUGCUUACUGCUUGCUGCAAGCCCCAUCUACGGUCCUUAUUAGGCCACAUCCUGCAAUUUGGCGCCUAGUGCAUGGAAUGGCUGUUUUGUACCUCGUCUCCCUCACAUUUUUGCUUUUUCAGAAGCGUGAUGAUGCUCGGCAAUUUAUGAAGUUUCUCCAUCCCGACCUUGGUGUUGAACUUCCAGAAAGAUCAUAUGGUGCUGAUUGCCGCAUAUAUGUACCUGAGAAUCCCACAAGCAGGUUUAAAAAUGUUUAUGAAACACUUUUUGAUGAAUUUGUGCUAGCUCAUAUUAUUGGAUGGUGGGGCAAGGCUAUAUUGAUUCGUAAUCAGCCCCUUUUGUGGGUGCUAUCAAUAGGAUUUGAAAUGAUGGAGCUUACAUUCCGCCACAUGUUACCGAACUUCAAUGAGUGCUGGUGGGACAGUAUAAUUCUUGACAUUUUGAUCUGCAAUUGGUUUGGUAUCUGGGCUGGGAUGCAUACUGUCAGAUACUUUGAUGGAAAAACAUACAAGUGGGUUGGUCUGAGCCGUCAGCCUAAUAUUAUAGGAAAAGUCAAACGAACAUUGGGACAGUUUACACCAGCACACUGGGACAAAGAUGAGUGGCGCCCCUUGCUUGGUCCAUGGCGAUUCAUUCAAGUUCUCAGUCUUUGCAUUAUAUUUUUGACAGUAGAGCUGAACACAUUCUUUUUGAAGUUUUGUCUUUGGAUUCCUCCUCGGAACCCUGUAAUUGUGUAUAGGUUGAUCUUGUGGUGGCUAAUUGCAAUACCAACAAUUCGUGAGUAUAAUUCAUACCUUCAAGACAGGAAUUCGGUAAAAAAAGUUGGAGCAUUUUGUUGGCUUUCACUUGCUAUCUGCAUUGUUGAGCUUCUCAUUUGCAUCAAGUUUGGUCACGGAUUAUACCCUAAAUCAAUGCCUUUAUGGCUGGUACUAUUCUGGACGUCGGUUGGAGGUUCCCUCCUAAUAUUUCUCGUUGUUUGGUCUUGGCAACUGCAACGAAGUUUAGGUAGAAAGAGGCGUUGAAGUUGCUAUUGGACGACACCAUUCUUUGAUUACUUACUUUUCUUGAGGGGAUCCGCCAUUGCUGUAAAUACCUAACACCGUUUUAAACUGUAAAUGCUAUUCUCUUAGGUCAGUGGAUCCAUCAGUCUUUUGAGCUCAGAUAAUUUAUUUUUACACCAUAGGUUCGACAUAAGGCUCAUUAGUUACUGGUUUGCCAUAUUAACAAAAUUGGCUUACGUUUUUUCUUUUCUCCCUCUUGUUGAGUCAUUUUGGACAUCCCAAUUUUUAUGUGAUUUAUUUCAAAUUUAAUUCAUCUAUUUCAUUUUUCUCACUUGUAUUGGAACAAUGCAGCAAAAAGUUGGAACACAGAACACUCAAUUUUAGUGUUUUGAAAACUCGACUGUCACUUCUCGAACCGGAAAAGUUUUAUUGUGGAAUCGGUUCGAUAUACAUGGCUAUUGUUGUGGUUUCUCUC